GCCAUGCCCUCCAACGCUCGCGCCGGCAGCUUGAAGGAUCCCGAAGUGGCCGAACUUUUUUUUAAAGAAGAUCCCGAAAAACUUUUCGGGGACCUGCGGGAGAUCGGCCACGGCAGCUUCGGGGCCGUUUAUUUCGCGCGCGACAUGCGCACUAACGAGGUGGUGGCGAUUAAGAAGAUGUCUUACAGCGGGAAACAAUCUAACGAGAAAUGGCAGGACAUCAUCAAGGAGGUGAAGUUCCUGCAGAAGCUGAGACACCCCAACACUAUCGAGUACAAGGGCUGUUACCUGCGGGAACACACCGCCUGGCUGGCCAUGGAAUACUGCUUGGGCUCGGCCUCUGACCUGCUGGAAGUGCACAAGAAACCGCUGCAGGAGGUGGAGAUCGCCGCCAUCACCCACGGGGCGCUGCAAGGCCUGGCUUACCUCCACGCCCCCAACAUGAUCCACAGAGACGUCAAAGCCGGCAACAUCCUGCUGACGGAGCCGGGCCAGGUGAAGUUGGGGGAUUUCGGCUCGGCCUCCAUCGUCGCCCCCGCCAACUCCUUCGUGGGGACGCCCUAUUGGAUGGCGCCCGAGGUGAUUUUGGCCAUGGACGAGGGGCAGUACGACGGCAAAGCCGACGUCUGGUCGUUGGGCAUCACCUGCAUCGAGUUGGCGGAAAGAAAACCACCUCUGUUCAACAUGAACGCGAUGAGUGCCUUAUACCACAUUGCGCAAAACGAGUCCCCCGUUCUCCAAGCCAGCCACUGGUCGGAAUAUUUCCGGAAUUUCGUGGAUUCUUGCCUCCAAAAGAUCCCCCCGGACCGUCCCACCUCCGACGUUCUCCUCAAGCACCGGUUCCUGCUGCGGGAGCGUCCCCAGAGGGUGGUGUUGGACCUGAUCCAAAGGACCAAGGACGCCGUCAGGGAGUUGGACAACCUCCAGUACCGGAAAAUGAAGAAAAUUCUCUUCCAGGAGGCCCCCAACGGGCCGGGACCCGACCCCGGCGAGGAAGAGGAGGAGCCGGAGCCGUUCCUGCAGCGGGCGGGGACGGUGGGCAGCAUGGAGAGCAGCCAUUCGGUGCCCAGCAUGUCAAUCAGCGCCUCCAGCCAAAGCAGCAGCGUCAACAGUUUGGCCGACCCUUCCGAGGAAGAGGAAGAAGAGGAGGAAGAGGAAGAAGAAGAGGAAGGGCCCGAGUUGGCCAUGAUGCAAGAGGGCGAGCACACCGUCACCUCCAACAGCUCCGUCAUCCACCGCUUGCCCGUGAAGCUUUUGGGGUGGUUCCACCACCAUAAGAAGGUCUUGAGGUGUGAAUCCAUCGUCAUAGAGAGUUUUGGAUGGGUUCUACCACCACGAGAAGGUUCUGAGAGGUGGUUCCACCACGAUCAGGGGCUUUUGGGGUGGUUCCACCACCGUAGAGAGAUCUAGAAGUGUGAAUCCGCCAUCGUAGAGAGCUUUGGAUGGGUUCUACCACCACGAGAAGGUUCCGAGAGGUGGUUCCACCACCGUCGGGAGGUUUUGGGGUGGUUCUGCCACCGUAGGGAGGUCCUGAGGGGUGAGUCCACCAUCGCAGAGGGCUUUGGAUGGUUCUCCCACCACGAGAAGGUUCCGAGAGGGGGUCCCACCACCCCAGAGGGCUUCUGGGGCGGUUGCGCCGCUGUGAGGAGUUUCUGGGGUGGUUUCACCACGGUAGAGAGAUCUUAACGAGCGAGGCCGCCACUAACGAAGGGUUCUGAUGGGUUCCAGCGCUGCAGGGAGGUCCUGAGGCGGCCCACCACCCUGGGGAGACCCCGUUGUGGGCUCCCACCACGAUGGUGAGGUCCCGUUGGGCUCCCACCAUGACGGGGAGGUCCCAUCGCAAUGGGAAGAUCCCGGUGGGGUCCUACCAUGUCGGGAACAUCCUGAUGGGGUCCCACCAUGUUGGGAACAUCCCGAUGGGCUCCCACCACGACGGGGACGUCCCAACGGGGUCCCACCACCCCAGAAAGACAUC